ACUUGCAUCAUAUUCGUCACGUAAGAGUUGGGCCUCUGCCUGGAUCUGGUAUAAAAACAAAACAUUGCGCCAGAAUGAGACAUUAGUUACCUUCGCAUCGAUCAACUAACCAACUCAGCCUCAGAAUGAUGAAGUUCAUGUGCAUCUGCCUCUGCGCCAUCUCUGCCGUUUCGGCCAACGCCUACGGACGUCCCCGUGGUGGAUACGGUGGUGCCCCAGUCGGUGGCUAUGCCUACCAGGUGCAGCCUGCCCUGACCGUUAAGGCCAUCGUUCCCUCAUACGGCGGUGGAUACGGCGGAAACCAUGGAGGAUAUGGCGGUGCCUACGAGUCGGUGCCUGUGCCCGUGUCGUCUGCCUACAGCGGUGCCAAUGUGGGAUCUCAGUACUCCGGUUCCGGCUACGGCGGUGCCCCACCAGUCGAUGCCCAGGCCAUUGCCCUCGCCAAGCUCGCCCUGGCCGCUCCCACCGCUGGAGCUCCUCUGGUCUGGAAGGAGGCUCCCCGCUACGCCCAGCCCGUCUAUCCCCCCACCAGCUACGUGCCCCAGGAGUACGGAUACAGCGAGAAGGUGAAGGGAGGCUCCGCAGCCGCUGCUGCCAGCUCCGUGGCCGCCGGAAAGAAGGGCUACAAGAGGCCCAGCUACUAAGUGGCAAAACGUUGAACAGUGAACCAAAAACUUACCUGCCAAUAAGGAACUAGGUCAUAAUAAUAAAAGCCAAAACAUCAAGACUUAAA